AUGCAUGUCGACCAAUUCGCCCUGGUAACCAGGUCCGCUGAUAAAGAGGAGACGGUCCAUUCUUCGCAAGUCAAAAGUGUAAGAUACCAAGCCACUGGUGCAAUGGCAACGCCGGGAACGGGCAGUCUUUCUACAGUAACUCGCCUAGGCGGUGUUGGGGCUCUAGGCUCGACCUCGUCUUCUGGCAUGUCUACUGGCUCCGGUGGUGGUAGAGGCCCGUCUGGCGAGGCAUGGGGUAGCGGAGCCGGGAGUCUGCUGUCCGGAAACGAUCCUGCGAGCGCGAAAAUCAACCCUCCAUUCGCCAGUUCCAUCCACGUCACCGGCUGCAAAAUGGAAUCUUCCUCAACAGUCACCAGCAGCAGUGCUGCUGGGGGCAAUACCACAACCUGUUCUGAAGGGACUGGUUUCAGUGCAGCCUUGACAAAUGUGGUUGCUGGGCUGACUGGAGUCGUUAACGAGGUGACUGCCGCCGUGGGGGACGCCAAAACAUGUGAGAUCUGCCAAAAGGUGAAAUUCACCCAAGGCAGCGGUCACAUCUGCCAUAAUUGCCGCAAAAAGACGUGUGCAAGAUGCGGCUUUCCGAGUAACACCGCUGCAGCCAACUCGCAGGUCCCCUCAUCGUGGCUUGAUUUCAGUUCCGACCUGAUACAGGUCCUAUCUGCCCUGGCACCCGUGGCUGUGUUGCGGAAUGGUCACUUCGCCGAGAUGCCCAUGACCCGGUAUCGAAUCCUGAUGGAAGUGCUGAUGAGAUAA